GUCCCGCCUCCAGGCGCGCGCCCUCCCACGCGCCACGUGCUCUCUCUGGAGGGCGGCGCCGUGGGCCGAGCCGAGAAGAUGUACUUGCUGCCUCUUCCGGCUGCCGCGCGAGUCGCGCUCCGCCGCCUGGGAGUAAGAGGUCUCUGGGAUCGGGGUCUGUCCACUGCAGACAUGACGAAGGGCCUUGUUUUAGGAAUUUAUUCCAAAGACAAAGAUGAUGACUUGCCACAGUUUACAAGUGCAGGAGAGAGUUUUAAUAAGUUGGUGUCUGGAAAGCUGAGGGAAAUGUUGAACAUAUCUGGACCUCCUCUCAAGGCAGGCAAAACCCGAACCUUCUAUGGUCUGCAUCAGGACUUCCCCAGCGUGGUGGUUGUUGGCCUUGGCAAGAGAUCUGCUGGAGUUGAUGACCAGGAAAACUGGCAUGAAGGCAAAGAAAACAUCAGAGCUGCUGUUGCAGCUGGAUGCAGGCAGGUCCAAGACCUGGAGCUGCCAUCAGUGGAGGUGGAUCCCUGCGGAGAUGCUCAGGCUGCUGCAGAAGGAGCUGUGCUCGGUCUCUAUGAGUAUGAUGACCUAAAGCAGAAGAAGAAGGUGGCCGUGUCGGCCAAGCUCCAUGGAAGCGGUGAUCUCGAGGCCUGGGAGAAAGGGGUCCUCUUUGCUUCUGGGCAGAACUUGGCCCGCCAGCUGAUGGAAUCUCCAGCCAACGAGAUGACGCCAACCAGAUUUGCUGAAAUUAUUGAAAAAAAUCUCAAAAGUGCCAGUAGUAAAACAGAGGUCCAUAUCAGACCCAAGUCCUGGAUAGAGGAACAAGAAAUGGGUUCGUUCCUAAGUGUAGCCAAGGGGUCUGAAGAACCACCAGUCUUCUUGGAAAUCCACUACACAGGCAGCCCCAAUGCAACUGAAGCACCCCUGGUGUUUGUGGGAAAGGGCAUUACCUUUGACAGUGGCGGUAUCUCCAUCAAGGCUUCUGCAAAUAUGGACCUCAUGCGGGCUGAUAUGGGAGGAGCUGCAACAAUAUGCUCGGCCAUUGUGUCAGCAGCAAAGCUCAAUUUGCCCAUUAAUAUCAUAGGUUUGGCCCCUCUUUGUGAAAAUAUGCCUAGCGGCAAGGCCAACAAACCAGGGGAUGUUGUCAGAGCCAGGAAUGGGAAGACCAUUCAGGUUGAUAACACAGACGCUGAGGGCAGGCUCAUCCUGGCUGAUGCACUCUGUUAUGCACACACCUUCAAUCCCAAGAUCAUCAUCAAUGCUGCCACCUUAACAGGUGCCAUGGACGUAGCCCUGGGAUCAGGUGCCACUGGAGUCUUUACCAAUUCGUCCUGGCUGUGGAACAAACUAUUUGAGGCCAGCAUAGAAACUGGGGACCGAGUCUGGAGGAUGCCUCUCUUUGAGCAUUAUACAAGACAAGUCAUAGAUUGCCAGCUUGCUGAUGUCAACAAUCUUGGAAAAUACAGAUCUGCAGGUGCAUGUACAGCUGCGGCAUUCCUGCGAGAGUUUGUGACUCAUACGAAGUGGGCACAUUUAGACAUAGCAGGUGUGAUGACCAACAAAGAUGAGAUUCCCUACCUGCGGAAGGGAAUGAGUGGGCGGCCUACAAGGACCCUGAUUGAGUUCUUACUUCGCUUCAGUAAAGACAGUUCUUAGUUCAAACACUCAGAAAUUCCUCCAUCUGUCUUGAAUUGGAUAUUUGGCCUUCAAAAUAUUUUUGAAUGAAUGAAAAUCUUUUAAAGACAAAAAUGAAUGUUGUUCUUUUUUUAAUCUUAAUUUUUGGAAUAUUUUAGUAUGCUUGAAUCAUGGAAAUCUAAAUGAUAUAUAUGAGUUAAUAUAGGUCCUUUAAACUAUUAAAACAUCUUGUAAUAAUAUGUAUUUUCAAGCAAAAUUUACUAUUUUUACAAGACAGGAAAAAAUCUAAGUCCAUAAAAAUGGACAAAGGGAGCCAGGCAUGGUGGUGCACAGCUUUGAUCCCAACAUUUGGGAGGCAGAGGCAGCUGGAUUUCUGAUUUUGAGACCAUUGUGGUCUAUAGAAUGAAUUCAAAGAUAGCCAUGGCUAUAACAGAGAAAACCUGUCACAGAAAAGGGAAAAAAAGAAAAAAAGCACACUGCCACCAACAAAAUGUACAAAGGAAAAUAUAAUUAAUGACUUGGUUACAUUUUCCAAGUUUUGAUUCUUAAGGCAGAUUAUUUAAGUGUUCAUAUAACUUUCAAAAUCUAGAUCCAAUGCAGUAAAUAAAUUACAAUAUUUCCUUCUGAUAA